AUGCGUGAGCACAUUCCGAUGGCUCUGAUAAACAGCAAGCCUGUAUGGGCAGCUCUGCUUGCCAAAAUGCCAAUGAUGGCCCUGCUAAAAAAUAUGUGCAAAUUAGCUGCUGUGGGCAUUUUGGUUGAAGCCGACGAAAACAGGUAUGUCCGAACUGGAACACAGCCAGGAGUAGAGUUUUUUAGCGUCAGCUGGGAGGCUGGACGCAGUAUCCGCAUUCACCAUCAAAAGAGAUUGAAGGCAUUUUUAAAAAGCCUUUCGUCUUUGCUUCUUAGUGAUUUUCCUAGAACUUAG